AUGUCCGGACUUAUGCACAAGGUUAAGGAUGCCGUGACUGGCCACCACAAGGAGUCCAGCAACACCUCUUCCUCCAACACCUCUUCCUCCAACGCUGGUCCCCACUCCUCCAACAUGGCCAACAAGAUGGACCCCCGCGUCGACAGCGACCGCGACAACCGCGCCCGCCACGAAGCCAUGGGCGGCGCUCACGGCCCCCACGACUCCAGCAUGGCCAACAAGAUGGACCCCCGCGUCGACAGUGACCGUGACAACCGUGCCAACCCCACCGGCGGUAUGGGCGGCUCCGGUGCCGGCUACUCCUCCGGUGGCUACUCUUCGGGUCCUCACGAGACCGGUAUGGCCAACAAGAUGGACCCCCGUGUCGACAGUGACCGCGACAACCGUGCCCGUCACCAGGCCAUGGGCGGUGCUCACGGCCCUCACGACUCCAGCAUGGCGAACAAGAUGGACCCCCGCGUUGACAGUGACAGAGACAACCGUGCCGCUGGCGGCUACUCCGGCACCCACACCACCGGCGCAGGCUACGGCGGCGCAGGUACUGGUGCAGGCUACGGCGGUACAGGAACUGGUGCAGGCUAUGGCAGCGGUGCAGGUGCCGGCUACGGCGGCAGCGGCGUGAACGACUACACCACCAGCAGCGGCUACGGUGGCAGCAGCAACGCAGGCCCUCACGGCUCCAACAUGGCCAACAAGAUGGAUCCCCGCGUCGACUCGGACAUGGACAACCGCGCCCGCCACCAGGGAAUGGCCAGCAGCAGCUACAACACUACUGGCCAGAGCACCACCGCCGGCCCUCACAGCUCCAACAUGGCUAACAAGCUCGACCCCCGCGUCGACUCGGACCUCGACAACCGCGGGACCCUUGGCACCCAGCGGGGGUUUUGA